AACACUUCAUUGAGCAUGUGGCAGCCCUGCGUUCCUCAAAGCCCUUCCCAGCGCUCCCAUUGGCCCAGGGACUGUGAGAAAGUCCAACAAGCCCAAGACCCACACAUUCAUAUGGAGAUUUGGGCGUAUAAAUACAGGGCAGAGGCAGAGGAGAAGGCAGCUCAGACUCAACUGGCUCUUCGAACCGAGCAGGAACACACCGACUCUACAGCCAUGGCUCCCACUGUUUUUGGACAAGCAGGCUACUCUAAGGAACACCUGACCCCUGCUCAUAAGCUGAGAAAACCAAUGGUUGAGAAACUGCGCAGAGACCGCAUCAACACCAGCAUCGAGCAGCUCAAGUCCCUGCUGGGAACAGAGUUCCUCAGGCAGCAGCCCGAUUCCAAGCAAGAGAAGGCGGACAUCCUGGAGAUGGCCGUGGCCUAUCUGAGAACGUGGCAGCAGCAGAAGCAAGUCGGCUUGACCUCUGGCCUGGCGACGGCCGGCGACGGCUACACCCGCUGCGUGCAGGAGGCCGUCAGCUUCCUGUCCCACUGUGUGGUCCAGACUCAGGCCCACAGACGGCUGCUCAGCCACUUCCAGGGCAUCAAGGCGUCCGGCAGGACCAGCCACAGUCCCGGCACCCUCUCAGCCCCCGGCUCUCCUCUCCGCCAGGUCAGCUCCAGCAAAGGCGUGAGCCCGGCCAGCUGUGGUCUGUGGAGGCCCUGGUAGGACGGAGGCGGCGCCGGCUCCACGCAGAGAGAACGAGAAAACUACGUCUGUGAACGUCAUGGACAGAAAGUUAAAGACUCACUGAAGUCUGUUCCCUUUUGCUUUUGGCAGAAGAAUCAAUAUUGUUUAGUGUUUUACUAGCGUGCGGAAAUGGGAUAUAUGUCCCAGUAAACCUUUGGAAGGGCUGAAAUUAUUCAGAUUUUUACUGAAUAUUCAUUUUGAAUAUGUACACCAUGUGUAUAUACAUUAUACUCUACAUAACUUAGAGUGUUGACUCUGUGAUUGUGUCAAUUGUUCCCGUGGAAAAAGUUUGUUCUACAAACGUCCCUGAAUGAUCUUGUUGUAAAACCCACUUUGGGUGGAAACUGUCCAAGUGUCUGAGACAUCGUUUGACUUAAAGUGUUUGUGCCACUGUCUAUGUUUGAUACCGAGUAUCACUGAGUGAAACGAUUCAUCAGCUGGGUGCUGGUGAAUCGACUACAUGACAUACACCGAUCCCAUGGAUCCACCGAUGCCGUAAAUCUUGUUCUGAUUGUGUUUUAUCGUGACUAUUUGUAACCAUUAUUUGGCCGCGUAUGUGUGAAGGAGUGUUACUGCUGAAAUUGUACCCGUUCAGUUGUGAUGUUCAUAACAGAUGUUUUCUUCAUCUUCAAGUUUAUACCUUUCAUAAAGGUGAUUUAUGUUGAGAUCAAUCUUCUCUGAAAGAAUCUGUUGACUUGCUUCCUUUGGAAGAUUUCCUUUGAACGUUUCAAAAAAAAUAAAUUGAGAACUUCACAUGAAGUUUUGCAAACUUAAA